GGAAACAUCCAGGGAAGAAAGAAAAAAAAAAAGCAGGGCUGUCUUCUUGCUGUUGCACAGACUGUAACCAUGGACCUGCGUAAACAACUGGAGAACACCGAGAGGAACUGGACUAAAGAGAAGAUGGAAUUGCUGGAGAGGUUUGACAACGAAAGGAAAGAAUGGGAAUGUCAGUGGAAAGUCAUGCAGAAGAAAAUAGAAGAGCUUUACCAGGAGGUAAGACUGAGAAGGGAGGGCAAUAUGAGUGUCCAUGACAAUAAGGCCAUCCAGAGCAAGAUGCUGCAGCUGUCCAUGCAUUCCCCUACUUUGGAAGAGAGUGACACAGUGGAGCUGAGCUAUCAACACAAUGUGACAAAUGACAGGAUGAAAAAAGAGAGUUUGCUCAGUAAACCAGGACAAGAUUGUAAAGAAACCAGAACCAAGAGCAGAAAAAACACUCUGUUAAUGGACAGCCUGGCCUUUGAGAAUCAUGAGGAACCUGCAGACAACCUCAGCAUCAAAACUUCCCAGAAAAAUACCAAGAAUUACAUUGGUGAUCUCAAUGUAGCUCUUAAAGAACUUGCCAGAGUCAGUGAAGAAUUAUGCAGCUACCAAGAAGAAAUUCGAAAGAAGUCCAACCACAGAGGAAUGAAGUCACUUCCUUUCCUGGGGGAAUUUGAGGAAUCCCAAAGCACAGUUAUCCUGCCUCAGAUGAAUCAUGUGUCCAGCAAUGAAUCACAGGCUUCAGUUGCUUUUGAAACAGAGGAACAUCAUGACAGGAAGAACCUGAUGAGCUCCAGCAAGGCUCUGAGGGACAUGUCCUAUGGCAGUCUCACCAGUGACAGAGGAGCAGACUGCAGACCCUGGCAGAAGAAAGAAGCUCCACCAGUUCCUCCCCGGAGCACUUCUCGGCACCUGACCAACUCCCUUUCUGCAAUCAUACAGCUUUCUGAAACACCACUGAGAGAUCCAGGCAGCAAAAGCAGUGGCAAGGCUCAGGACUGCAGGAGUGGAAGGAAGCUGGGGAAUCCUUCACCCAUCACCCAGAGUGACACAGCAGCAGCCUGUGCAAGCGAGGGGCAGGCCGGGAGGGGUCCUGUGAAGGUAGCUGCUGCCAUAGCUGGAAGCAGAAACGAGAGCCAUGCACUGGCAAGUUUCUGCCACAACACAUGGGCCUGUGAUGUGGGCAAAGACAACAGAAGUGACCCUUCUCCCCUGACAGCCCAGAAGAGCUGUUCAGAUGGAAACAUGGCCCAAAGCACCAGGCUGCAGCAGAAACAAACUCCCAAGCCUCACAGCAGCCCUUAUUACUGCACUGACUUCUACGCCCCUGCCACCCUGCACAACGAUCUUUUGGAAGACUCUAGGAGUGCUUUGGGAAGGACCCAAAGAAAUGAGACUUUAGCAGCCAAGAUUGUUGAGUUUAACAGGGCUGUAUUUCACACAGAUAAAGGCAACAAUGCUCUGCAAGCAAACCAGGUGCCCCCAGCAGCAUCAGAAGACCACAACCCCUGUGGCCAGUUGUGUGACCCUACUGUUAGCAGGACAGAAAUUGGAAAUCCACCUUGUGUUUCCAAUCCCAAAUUGCCUGCAGCCAAGGAGCAAGAAACCAGCCCCCCCAGCAAAGCUGUCAGAACAACAACAGGGCAACAAAAGCAAACAAAUGGACUUCCAAGUAGCAGUGGUUACAGGCAGAUGCUCCAUGAGCACGAGUGGAGACCGAGCGACUUCUCUGGCCGGCCGCGUUCCGCCGACUCAAGGUCAAACUACGGAGUGGUUGAAAAGCUCUUGAAAAACUAUGAGAAGUCAAUAGUGGCUUCUGCCUGCCCUCUGAAAUGCUGCAAGGAGAGGUGGACACAGGCAAAUUCUGAAUUCACAGAUGGGGCUUGUGAGGCAUUGAGUCAGUAUUUAGAAAUGUUCCAGAUUGAGCAAGGAAAGCAAGAAUCGCCCAGGAGUCCAGCCAGGCACAUCGGGCAGCAGCUCAAGCAAGGGAAAGAGAGGCAGAAGUUAUCAGAGAUCUCUGUGGCAGCCAAGUGUUCCGGUGGGAAAGGUUUCUCCCGGCCUGCUCGCCCAGCCAAUCGCCGCUUACCUUCCAGAUGGGCAUCCAGGUCGCCCUCCGCACCGCCGGCUGUCAGGAGAGCAGCUUACAACUGCCCUGUGUCCUUUCGGGCAGAGACCUCUGUAGUCUGA